AUGGCAGAUAACCAUCACGUCAAAACUGCCCAAAAGCUUGCCGACCAGGCAAUCCAGGAUAAGCUUGGCCUGGAUGCCUUCCAGGAGGCCAAGCAGGCCACCGAGGAAGAGCAUGCCCAGACGCUCAAGCAAGCCCUGCGGGAGAACCGCAAGGCUGUCAUUUGGUCCAUGGCCAUCUCCAUGUGUAUCAUCAUGGAAGGGUACGAUACCAUUCUGAUUGGUAACUUCUUCGCCUACCCGGAAUUUCAAAAGAAGUUCGGCCACUACUACCCCGAGCUCGGCAAAUGGCAGGUCUCCGGACCCUGGCAGACCGGCCUGACCAUGGCCGCCACCUGCGGUGCCAUCAUCGGCGGUCUCGCCAACGGCUGGUUUGCCUCCCGGCUCGGCUACCGCAAGGUCCUCAUGGCGGCCAUGAUGGCCCUGAACUGCUUCCUCUUUAUCGUCUUCUUCGCCACAGGCCGCGAAAUGCUGCUUGCCGGGCAGGUCCUCUGUGGUCUCUGCUGGGGUGUCUUUGCCACCCUCGCGCCAGCCUAUGCUUCCGAGGUCUGCCCGACCAACCUCAGAGGUUAUAUGACCACUUAUGUCAACCUGUGCUGGGCUAUCGGUCAGCUACUCGCUGCCGGUGUUCUCCGUGGCUGCCUGCACAUUCACGGGGAGAUGGGCUAUCGGAUUCCUUUUGCUCUGCAAUGGAUGUGGCCCACUCCCAUCAUCGUCCUCGCCUGGUUCGCUCCCGAAUCUCCCUGGUUCCUCGUCCGGUCUGAUCGUCUAGAGGAAGCCAAGCACAGCAUCCACAGGCUCAGCGGCGACAAGACCGAGGCCCAAAUCAACGCCCAGCUCGCCAUGAUGCUGCAUACCACCACUGUUGAGUCGCAGGUCAGCAAAGGCGCCACCUACCUGGACUGCUUCCGCGGCGUCAACAUCCGCCGUAGCGAGAUUUGCAUGCUUGCCUUCGUUGGCCAGAUUCUGUCCGGCAGCAGCUUCGCCUACACUCCUACAUACUUCUUCACCUCUGCGGGUAUGGAGUCUGCCCGCGCUUUCGAGAUGGGCCUCGGCGCGAAAGCCUUUGGUUUCAUCGGUACCGUCUGCUCUUGGUUCCUGAUCACCAGAUUCGGCCGUCGCACGCUCUACGUCAGCGGGCUGGGCUGCCUCUUCAUCAUUCUCUUUAUUAUCGGCAUUCUCAACGUCGCGGCCCACGACCGCGCCCUGUGGCCCUCGGGAGCUCUCUGCGUCGUCUGGCUCUUCGUCUACUCACUCACCAUCGGUCCUGUCACCUACAGUAUCAUCUCCGAGACAUCCUCCGUGCGCCUCCGCCCGCUAGCCGUCGUGCUCGCUCGCAACGCCUACCAGGUCGUCAACAUCAUCUCCAUCGUCCUGCAGACCUACAUGAUGAACCCGACAGAGUGGAACCUGCAAGGCAAGACGGGCUUCGUCUGGGGCUCGACCUGUUUCUGCAUGUUCGUCUGGUCGUUCUUCCGCAUGCCCGAGGUCAAGGGCCGCACAUACGAGGAGCUCGACAUCCUGUUCAAGCACAAGGUGCCUGCGCGCAAGUUCGCCUCGACCGAGGUGGACGCAUACGGCGAGCGGUCUGCCGAGCCCGAGGUCAAGGAGGAGCAGGCCACCAAAUAA